UCCUAGCCAUUCAUCUUGCGUAUCCAGCGAGAAGACCAAAGAGACGAUUCUCGGCGGAGGAGGUGAGGGAGAGGAAGAAAGCGUCUGACCGAGCGAGGAACCGCACAAGAAUAAAUAUCGGUCGUGCGUACAAGGAAUGGCGAGAGCUAAGGGAAAGUAAAGCAUGCAAAACAGAUGCUGACCUAGCGUUUCUGCUAAUGAAAUUCCAUGUUGGUGCAGGCGAGGUCGUCGUGCAGUUGGAAUGCCUGCUGCAGCUGUUCCAGAGGUGCUUUGAAUGCUGCAGCACGUGCAGCAUCCGUAAGAGACGUGAGGGAAGGUUCCUCAACGUGACGCAGAAGUGCCAGCAGUGUCAAGCCAGUAGAAAGUGGAGAAGCCAUCCACCUGAACAGAUCAACCCAACAAGCAACCAGGAGGUUGCUGAGGAGACAGUGCUGUUGUCUUUUGGGGACUCGGACACCGGAACUGACGAAGAAGUGGUAGAUCGCAGCCCAUUAAACCCAUUUGGGGAAACAGAAUCUGUGGGAGAGGAUGAAGUCCAAGUUCAGGACGCAUUGAGCCAAUUGCGGAAGGACAAUGAAGAAGACGAGGAAAUCCGAGGUCUCCAUCAUGUAAACAGUUCAAAGGACUCGAGCCACAUAAAGACAGAAAAGGAGGAAACACUGGCCUUCUCGCAUGGGCAGUUAGAAUUCUCAACAUUUAUCCAGAAGGAGGAAUAUGACGCCAGGAGCCCGGCUGCUGAGGCUGAACUGGCCCCUAACAACACUUCAGUGGAGGUGAAUGAUUCAGUUAUCCACACACCUGAGGCCACGGUCAACAGGUUAAAUGGCCGAGAGGAAGAUGGGGAGGAAACGGUUGUGAAAAUGGAGAUGGAAAGCGAUGAAGCGAAUGUGCAAACUGAAGGAGAAGACGGCGAUGGAGAAGAAGAAGAGGACGAACAAGGAGAAGACGAGUUAGAGAUGCAGGACAGUGAUGACGAAGAGUAUGGUGGUGGUGGUGAUCAUGAGGAGGAGGAUGAUGAUGAUGAUUGGCAUCCGGUCUCUGAGGGAUGGAAGCAACUCUCGGCACCUGAAAGUGACUCCAGGUCCCAUCCCAAUCCGGACUCUGAGACAGAGGUCCUCCUACCACUGGCAUGGUGUUCUGUGUGCAGCUCUGGGUUUAAGCAUGACUGCUUCAGACAGCGCCACAGCCGACUCUACGGAUGCCUCAGGUGUGGCACCAAAAGGCAGAUGGAAAAAGAUGGAGAAGUAGCAGAGGUAACCACCACCAACAACAACCAAGAAACCUGCACGAACCAGGAACCCAGCAUCUGUAACACCCAGACUGUCUCUGAUGUUGGCAGACACAAGAACACCUGCGGUUCAAAACAAUGUAUUGCGAGUGAUGGCAAUCAAGAUGGUGUCAGUGCAAAUAAGGAAGAGCUAACCACUAGUAAUGGCAGCCAAGAAGCCUCCAGCAUUACAGACUGUGGGAAUGGCACUGUGGGGACUUUGUACAUUGACAUCCAUGGACAAACUUGUGGAAGCCACACUGAGAUCACCCAAAAUGGCCACCAGGGAGAAGCCUCUAGUAGAAACCCUGAUAAAGAGCACUCUUGGUCACUACACAUUGACAACCUGGCUGUUCUUUUCAAGAGUCUCAACGACUUCAAAAUCCAUGCUAUGCAGUGGCACGGCAUAACCCAGUUUCGCGAACUCUGCACGGACUGUGGUAAGUUCAUCAACAUGGUCAACAUGGUUGAUGGUGGACCCAGUCACGUCUGCGAACACAAAGCUAAGCCUAUCGUCUGUCCCAGCUGUGGCAAAAGGUUUGCCACUGAGGUUGGACUCCGAACACACAGCGAUCGAAUCCACAAUGAGAAGUACAGCCUCACCUGUCGCUAUUGCCUCGAGGCUUUUAAGUCACCUGAAGACAAAGAGGAGCAUGAGGAGAGCCAUGAAGCUGAGGUGCUGAAGUACCACUGCCCUGACUGCUCCCUGCGCUUUUCAGACCGCCCCAGUUGGUGUGCCCACAGGAAGAGCCAUUGGCCCAAUGGGAAGCACAUCUGUGAGGUCUGUAGUAAGGGCUUCCGCUCUGCUGGUGUGCUCAUCAGACACAUGGCCAUUCACACAGGGCAAAAGCCCUACAGCUGUAAGCUGUGCGACCGCUCCUUCAACCAACCAGGCCAUCUCAAGUCCCACAUGCGUCUCCACACAGGCGAGAGACCCUUCAAGUGCCAGGACUGUGGGCAGUGCUUCAACCACAACGUCAGCCUCAAGAACCACAUCCAGCGCCACCACGGACCCGGAGCUGAUAAAAGGAACAGCGGAAAAGGAAGAAAAGAGAGAAUGAGAAGGAAAAAAAAAAACAGUUGAGAUUUUGAUUUUCAAUACUAAUGAGGUAUUUAGGACCAUACAAAAGUUUUAGGAAAGGCUGGCAUAUUUGUUCUGAGUAAUACACCUGUUCAAGACGUUCCAGGGAGAAAUGAAAGGGUGGCGCUUUCUGGAGUUUUGCCAAGAGAUCUACUGUGUAGCUGAACUUCUGUAAAAGUUGGCAAUCCACGUUCUGUUUGUAUGCAAUGCCAGAAGACUGUGCAGUUCCCUUGUCCAUCAUAGGAUGAUUUAGACUGAGAAUUGCAGCACAGUGUUCAGAAAGUAUGGCUACGUCAAAGGCCACUGAAAUGAAAAUACUAGUUUUGUAUUACAAUAUUUUUUUGUAAAAAAUACAUACAUAUACAUGUAUAAAUGUAUGAAUACAUUUUCUAAUGUCAACUGUUAAGCUCUCUGUUUGACUGCUCCAAUUGGCUGUCCUCAUUGUCUGUUCCUGAAAGAUACGGUAACUUACAAUUUGUAUAUAAAUGACAUUUGCUAUGAAUUCUUUA